AUGACACCCAGUAACGGUCUGCACGUCGAAACCGUGCGCGUGCUUCUCCGCGUGGUGAUUUUCCUUUCCAUUGCCGGCGCGGCCAUCUCGCUGCGGUUGUUUUCCGUGAUUCGGUUCGAGUCCAUCAUCCACGAGUUCGAUCCGUGGUUCAACUACAGAGCGACAAAGUACUUGGUGCUGCACUCGUUUUACGAGUUUUUGAAUUGGUUCGAUGAGAGAACCUGGUACCCGUUGGGUAGAGUCACCGGCGGUACGUUGUACCCAGGACUCAUGGUGACCUCUGGUGCCAUCUGGCACGUCAUGAGGGAGUGGCUUCGGUUGCCGGUAGAUAUUCGUAACAUUUGUGUAUUGCUUGCGCCCGCUUUUUCGGGCGUUACUGCUGUAUUUACGUAUUUACUCACGAAAGAGAUGAAGGAUGGAAGCGCCGGCCUUUUGGCUGCGCUUUUCAUGGGUAUUGCGCCGGGCUACAUCUCGCGGUCGGUCGCUGGCUCGUACGAUAACGAGGCCAUUGCCAUCACCUUGCUUAUGGCCACGUUUUACUUGUGGAUCAAGGCCAUGAAGGUGGGCUCCAUCUUCUACGGUGCCCUCACCGCCUUGUCUUACUUCUAUAUGGUCUCCGCAUGGGGUGGAUAUGUCUUCAUCACAAACUUGAUUCCAUUGCACGUUUUUGUGCUUCUUUUGAUGGGCCGUUAUAGCCCCCGUUUGUACACCGCCUACACCACCUGGUACGCGUUGGGAACGUUAGCUUCGAUGCAGAUUCCCUUCGUGGGCUUCUUGCCAAUCCGCUCCAACGACCACAUGGCUGGUCUUGGUGUCUUUGGCUUGAUCCAGUUGGUCGCUUUGGGCGCCUAUGUGCGUUCCAACGUGCCCUCCGCCCAAUUCAAGUCCUUUUUCGCUGUCUCCAUUGUUCUCGUGGUCUCCUUGGGUGUUCUUGGCUUGUUUGCCUUGACUGCCGCUGGCUGGAUCGCUCCAUGGACCGGAAGAUUCUACUCUUUGUGGGACACAAACUACGCCAAGAUCCAUAUCCCCAUCAUUGCCUCUGUUUCCGAGCACCAGCCUACGCCUUGGCCUGCCAUUUUCUUCGACACCAACAUGCUUGCAUGGCUUUUCCCCGUUGGCUUGUACUACUGCUUCCAGGAGUUGAGGGACGAGCACCUUUUCAUCAUCAUCUACGGUCUUUUCAGUGCCUACUUUGCCGGUGUCAUGGUCAGAUUGAUUUUGACCUUGACCCCAGUGAUGUGUGUCGCUGGCGCUAUUGCUUUGUCCAAGCUUUUCGAUGCAUAUAUGGACAUCACCGAUCUCUUCAAGAGCUCUGGAUCUGCACAGGCAUCUUCUGCUGCUGAUUCUUCCUCCGAGACCGAGAAGAAGUCUUCCAAGAGAUCUUCUUCCAAGAAGGGCUUCCCAUUGUUCCAGCUCUUGACCAAGGCUAUUGUGUUGUCUUCAUUUGUCUACUACCUUGCCUACUUUGUCAUGCACUGUACCUGGGUGACCUCCAAUGCCUACUCGUCUCCAUCUGUCGUUCUUCCUUCCAGAAACCCAGACGGUUCCCCUGCUAUCAUUGAUGAUUACAGAGAGGCCUACUACUGGUUGAGAAUGAACACUCCAGAAGAUGCCAAGGUCAUGGCUUGGUGGGAUUACGGUUACCAGAUUGGUGGUAUGGCUGACAGAACCACCCUUGUUGACAACAACACCUGGAACAACACCCAUAUCGCCACCGUUGGAAAGGCCAUGGCUUCUUCCGAAGAAGUCUCUUACGAGAUUUUGAAGCAACACGACGUUGACUACGUUCUUGUCAUUUUCGGUGGUAUUUUGGGAUACUCCGGUGACGACAUCAACAAGUUCUUGUGGAUGGUCAGAAUCGCCGAGGGCAUUUGGCCAAACGAGGUCCGUGAGAGAGAUUUCUUCACCGAUAAAGGUGAGUAUAAGGUUGACAGCGAGGCCACAGAGGCCAUGAGGAACUCUUUGAUGUACAAAAUGUCUUACUACCGUUUCACUGACAUGCACAACGGUAGGGAAGCCGUUGACAGAGUGCGUAGUCAAGUCAUCCCAUCCGAUAGAAAGAUCACCUUGGACACCGUUGAAGAGGCAUACACCACUCAAAACUGGAUUGUCCGUAUCUACAAGGUCAAGGAUUUAGACAACCUAGGAAGAGACUUACAAUCUGCCGGCAAAUCUGAACGUCAAGAGUCCGCAGCUGCGCUGGGCAAGAGAACCCGCAACGCCAAGAAGCCAGACCUCGACUUGAGAGUUUAA